AUGGAGGGCCAUUCCGAACAGUCACAUCCUGUCUCGGAUUCCCAAGCCUAUACCCAGUCCUCCAGGCAAGCAAACCAAAAUGCCCAUGAUGUGAGCUCUGAACAACCCGAAGAGUUCCUCAGGGCUACCGAAUCUCCCAUCCAUCCAACUUCAACCGACAGUUCAACCAUCAGUUCGUCUGUAAGUGGCGAUGAUGGCCGUUGGGGAGAAGAGAAGGUCGGAAAGGCCGUGUCUCGUAGCGGCGCCAUGGAAGACAUGGAAGAGAUGCGCCGCGAACUCACUCGCCUCAGUUUACACCGCACUCGCUCUGCCACUAAGAGCGUUCAUCGCCACAAAUCACAGGCCAGCCAUCGCGAUGAAGAAAAGGCCUUGGAGGACGAAGACACCGAGAACGAAGCUGACGACAGCUUCGAUCUGGGUGAGUUCCUGACAGGUGGUCAUCUCGAGCGCCGCACAACCGCCGGAGGACCUGCCAAGAAGGUCGGUGUCGUCUUCAAGAAUCUUACCGUGAAGGGCGUCGAGACUGGCGCAUCAUUCGUGCGCACUCUCCCUCAGGCUGUGAUUGGUACCUUCGGCCCGGAUUUGUACAAUCUUGUCUGCCAGUUCGUGCCGCAGCUGCGGUUCGGCAGACACCCUCCUGUUCGUGAUCUCAUCCAUGAUUUCAGCGGUGCUGUACGCGAAGGUGAGAUCAUGCUCGUGCUAGGCCGUCCCGGUGCUGGCUGUACUACCUUCCUCAAGGCGAUUGCAAACGACCGUGGUGCUUUUGCUGGUGUCGAUGGUGAGGUCAGUUACGGUGGUCUGUCAGCCGAAGACCAGAAUAAGCACUUCCGUGGAGAAGUCAACUAUAACCCGGAAGACGACCAGCACUUCCCCUCGCUCACUGUCUGGCAAACUCUCAAGUUCUCCCUGAUCAACAAGACCCGCAAGCAUGAUCGGGAAAGCAUCCCCAUUAUCAUCGAUGCCCUGCUCAAAAUGUUCGGUAUCACUCACACAAGGAAUACCCUCGUUGGUAACGAGUAUGUCCGCGGUGUUUCUGGAGGUGAGCGCAAGCGUGUGAGUAUCGCAGAGACCCUGGCCACCAAGUCCUCCGUGGUCUGCUGGGAUAACUCGACUCGCGGCCUGGAUGCCAGUACUGCACUGGACUAUGCCAAAUCGCUCCGCAUCAUGACCGAUGUCAGCAAGCGCACUACCUUCGUCACACUAUACCAAGCCGGAGAGAGCAUCUACGAGCUCAUGGACAAGGUGAUGGUCAUUGACGAAGGCCGCAUGCUCUACCAAGGUCCAGCCAACGAAGCACGACAAUACUUUAUUGAUCUGGGCUUCUACUCCCCCCCACAAUCGACUACAGCAGACUUCCUUACUUCGCUCUGCGACCCCAACGCUCGUGAGUUCCAGCCCGGCCGUGAAGCCUCCACCCCUAAGACCGCCGAGGCACUUGAGAAAGCUUUCAAGACCAGCGGAGCCUACAGCCGAAUCUUGGAGGAUGUCAGCAGCUACGAGAAACGUCUUCAAGAUACCCAGCAGGAGGACACCCGCCGUUUCCAAUCCACGGUCGCGCAGUCCAAGUCCAAGUCCGUCUCCAAGAAGUCGCCUUAUACCGUCUCGUUCGUGCGCCAGGUCACGGCCUGCGUGCAGCGCGAGUUCUGGCUGCUCUGGGGUGACAAGACCUCCCUUUACACAAAAUACUUCAUCGUCAUCUCCAACGCCCUCAUCGUUUCUUCCUUGUUCUACGGAGAAUCCCUGGAUACCAGCGGCGCUUUCUCGCGUGGCGGUGCUCUGUUCUUCUCGAUUCUGUUCCUUGGUUGGCUGCAACUGACUGAGCUGAUGCCUGCUGUCACUGGUCGUGGCAUUGUUGCCCGCCACAAGGAUUACGCCUUCUACCGCCCCUCUGCUGUCUCCAUUGCCCGUGUCGUUGUUGACUUCCCGGCCAUCUUCUGUAUGGUCGUCCCGUUCACAUUGAUCGUGUAUUUCAUGUCUGGUCUCGACGUCACGGCUUCCAAGUUCUUCAUCUACUUCUUGUUCGUGUACACGACCACUGUGUGCAUCACCUCGCUCUACCGCAUGUUCGCUGCACUGUCACCCACCAUUGAUGACGCGGUGCGUUUCAGUGGUAUUGCGUUGAAUCUGCUCAUUUUGUACGUUGGUUAUGUUAUUCCCAAACAGACUCUUAUUUCGGACUCUAUUUGGUUCGGUUGGCUAUUCUACGUCAACCCAAUCGCGUACAGUUACGAGGCGGUCUUGACAAACGAGUUCGUUGGACGUGUCAUGGAAUGCAGUCCAUCCCAGCUUAUUCCACAGGGUCCAGGUGUGGAUCCUAAGUACCAGGGAUGUGCUCUCACUGGGUCAACAUUGGGCGAAACUUCUGUCAGUGGAGCACAGUACUUAAAUGCCAAUUUCCAGUUCACGCGCAGCCACCUGUGGCGUAAUUUUGGUGUUGUCAUUGCUUUCACCGUGCUGUACAUUCUGGUGACUGUCAUUGCCGCUGAGGUACUCUCAUUUGUUGGUGGCGGAGGUGGUGCUCUGGUCUUCAAGAAGUCCAAGCGCGCUAAGAAGAUCACUGCCCAGGGUACCAACACCAACGAUGAAGAGAAGGUCGCCAGUGCAAAUGACAAUGCUGCCCUUGCUCGUGGCACGGCGUCUUCUGAUGCCGAUGCCACUUUCAACCGCCUGUCCUCCAGUGAGCGCUGCUUCACCUGGCAGAAUGUUGAAUAUACCGUCCCCUAUGGCAAUGGAACACGCAAGCUUCUCAACGGUGUCAACGGCUACGCCAAGCCCGGUGUCAUGAUUGCCCUGAUGGGUGCCUCUGGUGCAGGAAAGACGACUCUACUCAAUACUUUGGCCCAGCGCCAGAAGAUGGGUGUCGUGACUGGAGAUAUGCUCGUCGAUGGCCACAAGCUGGGUCCUGAUUUCCAGCGUGGUACUGGUUUCUGUGAGCAAAUGGAUUUGCACGACAAUACCUCCACUAUCCGCGAAGCCUUCGAGUUCUCAGCCAUCCUCCGUCAGCCCCGUGAUGUCCCGCGCCAAGAGAAAAUUGACUAUGUGAACCGAAUCAUUGACCUUCUCGAACUCGAGGAUAUCCAGGACGCUAUCAUCGGCUCUCUGAAUGUCGAGCAGAAGAAGCGUGUUACUAUCGGCGUCGAGCUCGCAGCCAAGCCCAGUCUGCUUCUGUUCCUGGACGAGCCCACCUCCGGUCUCGACAGCCAAGCUGCAUUCUCCAUCGUCCGUUUCCUCAAGAAACUCUCCCAAGCUGGUCAGGCCAUCGUCUGCACAAUCCACCAGCCCUCUUCCAUGAUCAUCCAGCAAUUCGACAUGAUUCUCGCCCUCAACCCCGGCGGCAACACCUUCUACUUUGGUCCAGUCGGCAAAGAAGGAUCCUCCGUAAUCAAGUACUUCGGUGAUCGCGGCUUCGUCUGCCCGCCAUCAAAGAACGUCGCCGAGUUUAUUCUGGAAACAGCCGCCAAAGCAACCCACCGCAACGGCAAACUAGUUGACUGGAACGAAGAAUGGCGCAACUCGGAUGAGAACCGCAAAAUGCUCGCCGAGAUCGACCUCAUCCGCUCAGAACGCAGUAAACUCCCAAUUGAGGAAUCUGGCUCCGCCCAACACGAAUUCGCCGCAACAACAUCAACCCAAACCAUCCAGUUAACGAAACGUCUCUUCACAAACUACUGGCGCGAUCCAUCCUACUACUACAGCAAACUCUUCGUCUCGGUCAUCAUCGGCAUCUUCAACGGCUUCACCUUCUACAUGCUCUCAAACACUGUAGCCUCAAUGCAAGACCGCAUGUUCUCCGUCUUCCUAAUCAUCCUCAUCCCCCCCAUCGUCCUCAACUCCAUCGUCCCGAAAUUCUACAUCAACCGCGCCCUCUGGGAAGCACGCGAAUACCCCUCCCGUAUCUACGGCUGGUUCGCCUUCUGCACUGCAAACGUCGUCUGCGAGAUCCCCGCUGCCAUAAUCUCUGGCCUGAUCUACUGGCUGCUAUGGUACUACCCCGUCGGAUUCCCCACAGACUCUAGUAGUGCAGGCUACGUCUUCCUCAUGACGAUACUAUUCUUCCUCUUCCAGGCCUCAUGGGGUCAGUGGGUCUGCGCCUUCGCGCCUUCUUUCACUGUGAUCUCGAACGUCCUCCCCUUCUUCUUCGUCAUGGUCAACCUCUUCAACGGUAUCGUCCGUCCCUACGCCGAUUACCCGGUCUUCUGGAAAUACUGGAUGUACUACGUCAACCCUGUUACUUGGUGGCUGCGCGGUGUGCUCUCGGCUGUUCUGCCACAGGUCGAGAUAGAAUGUACCUCGCUCGAAGCUACACACUUCGAUCCCCCGUCUGGUCAAACUUGUGGUGCUUAUGCUGGUGGCUUUGUCGACUCUGCUAAGGUUGGAUACCUGGUUAACCCCAAAGCUACUGCCGACUGUCAGUACUGUCCUUUCACGGAUGGUGCGCAGUAUAUGGCGAAUCUGAAUGUUCAUAAUGACGACAAGUGGAAAUGCUUUGGUAUUUUCCUCGCUUUUGUUAUCAUCAACUGGGCCUUGGUUUAUUUCUUCAUCUACACUGUCCGUGUGAGAGGCUGGAGCUUUGGUCUUGCUUCGGUCUUUGGCGUGGGUGGGUUGAUGAUUGAUCGUGUAAAGGGGUUGUUCAAGGGGAAGAAGACUGAUGAAGCUUAG